AUGUCGGCACACCGGAGCCAGGGUCCCUCCACACGCCGUGGGCCUGACUUCCCGCAAGCCGAAGCGGCAGAGUACGUGCAGGCCUUCGAUGCCCUCCUAGCCGGCCCUGCAGCUGAGUACGUCAGGAUCAGCAGAGAGCUUGGCGGGGAAGUGCAGACGCACGCCGAGAUGGUUCAUGCAGGCUUGAUGAGUGUGAGGUCUUUCUUGGUGCUAGCGUCCCAACAUCAGCAGCCAGCAGAGAGUACGUUCUCAACGCUUCUGAAGCCAAUUUCAGAGCAAAUCCAGAUGGUGCAGAAUUUCAGGGAGAAGAACCGUGGUAGCAAAUUGUUCAAUCACUUAUCAGCUGUCAGUGAGAGUGUCCCAGCCCUGGGCUGGGUGGCCAUGGCUCCAAAGCCUGUCCCUUAUGUGAAGGAGAUGACUGAUGCUGCCAUGUUUUAUACCAACCGGGUCCUUAAGGAGUACAAGGAUGUAGAUAAAAAGCACGUGGACUGGGUGAAAGCUUAUCUGAACAUCUGGACAGACCUGCAGGCCUAUAUCAAAGAGUACCACACCACGGGGCUGAUCUGGAACAAAACAGUAAGUGUCGGCGCCAGCGGCAGAGCCUCUUGCAGGAUGAUGCUGUGCGAUGGCUGCGGGGCUCCCACUGUUCCCCUUGCUGGCUCUUACAGGGUCCGGUGCCCAGCCUCAAGAAGUGGCUCCUAUUCUGAAAAACAUUAUAAUGCUGGUCACUGAUCUGUGGUGUCAGUGAAACUGCGGUGUGAGGAGGGCUGGCACUCAGGCUGGCUUUCUUUUGCAGGCUUGAGACAUGUUUCAGAUGACAUGAAGACCCACAAAAAUCCAGCGCUGAAGAACCAGGGGGGUCCUGUGCGAAGUGGACCCAAGCCUUUCACUGCUCCCAAACCAGCAUGUAGUGGUAACCCCACCACAAAAACCUCUCCAAAGAAGGAACCUCCAUUGCUAGAGCUAGAGGGCAAAAAGUGGAGAGUGGAAAACCAUGAGAAUGCCACUAACCUGGUGAUCAGCGACACAGAGUUGAAGCAAGUAGCUUAUGUUUUUAAGUGCACAAAUAGUACACUUCAAGUCAAAGGCAAGAUCAACUCCAUCACCAUCGAUAACUGUAAGAAGCUAGGUUUGGUGUUUGAUGAUGUGGUGGGCAUUGUGGAGAUCAUAAACAGCAGGGACGUUAAAGUUCAGGUAAUGGGGAAAGUGCCAACGAUUUCCAUCAACAAGACAGACGGUUGCCAUGUUUAUCUGAGCAAGAGCUCCCUAGACUGCGAAAUCGUCAGUGCCAAGUCCUCGGAGAUGAAUGUCCUUAUUCCCACGGAGGGGGGUGACUUUACUGAAUUGCCUGUCCCAGAACAGUUCAAGACAGUGUGGAACGGCCAGAAGUUGGUUACCACUGUGACAGAAAUUGCUGGCUAAGCAGACAAGCUCCAAGGCUCGUGCCCUUCCCUGGCCCUGCUGUGGGACAAAUCUGCUUUCAGAUGAUUCUCUUAGAUUUCCUGUACCUUUCUGCUCUCAAACUGCUUCUCUUCUACCCAAGAGACACAGCUACCUGCCGUCACUGAAAUACCUCUGGCUGGGAUUUGGUGUUGGUGGCGGGUCAGUCGUCGUCCACAUCUACUAGCAGGAAGGUGUAUUUUUUCUCCCCUUGUCCAAUCUAACUGCACCAAUUGAUCAUGUCAGAUUUGGGGUGAACUUCACAGCCAGUAUUGGCAGUUGGCUUUCAGAGUGUUGUUUAGGGUUUUUUCUUUUUUUUUUGUAUUGCCUUUAAGCAAACUGUUCAUGUGAAAGAGGAAUAUUG